AUGGCUCCAAUUGCCAUCUCCCCCGAAAGAGACCCGGCACUACCAGUGGUUCUCGACGAGAUCGACCCGGAAGUUACCCUGCUUGAAUACUUAAGAGGAAUAGGUUUAACUGGAACAAAACUGGGUUGCGGUGAAGGCGGGUGCGGCGCCUGUACAGUCGUAGUGAGCCAAUAUAACCCGACAACCAAGCAGAUAUACCAUGCUAGUGUUAACGCCUGUUUGGCACCACUCGCCAGUGUAGACGGCAAGCAUGUUAUCACAAUUGAGGGCAUAGGAAACGUUAAGCAACCCCAUCCGGCACAGGAACGUAUUGCCAAGGGCAAUGGAAGCCAAUGCGGAUUUUGCACCCCGGGAAUUGUUAUGAGUUUGUAUGCUCUGUUGAGAAAUAACGAGAGCCCUACAGAACAUGACAUCGAAGAAGCUUUCGACGGUAACCUCUGCCGAUGUACUGGCUAUCGCCCAAUCUUAGACGCCGCUCAGACCUUUAGCGCCGGAAAUGCGUGUGGUAAAAGCACUGCGAAUGGCGGCUCGGGUUGUUGCAUGGAAAACGGCGACGGUGCGAAUGGAGGUUGCUGUAAGAGCAAGGAUCUCAGCGAUGGACAGCCCAUCAAAAAAUUCACGCCGCCAGGAUUUAUCGAAUACAAGCCAGACACCGAACUCAUCUUCCCUCCAUCACUGAAGAAACACCGUCUAUCCCAAUGCGAAGAUCAUCGCGGGAGCACGGAAACGCAAAUUGAGAUCAAGUUUAAGGCUUUGCAAUAUCCAGUUUCGGUAUUCGUCGGAGAUAUCCCCGAGCUGCGGCAGUAUUCUUUCAAGGACGACCAUCUUGAGAUCGGCGGGAACGUCGUACUCACUGACCUUGAGAAUAUCUGCCAGGAAGCCAUUAAUCAUUAUGGAGAAGCAAAAGGCCAAGUGUUUCAAGCCGUGUACAAGCAACUCAAGUACUUCGCUGGACGGCAAAUCAGAAAUGUCGGUACCCCUGCUGGGAAUUUAGUUACAGCUUCGCCCAUCUCUGAUUUAAAUCCCGUAUUUAUGGCAGCAGACUGCGUUCUAGUCGCUAAAUCUUUGAAUAAAGAGAUUGAACUACCUAUGGCAUCAUUUUUCAAGGGUUAUCGCAGGACAGUCCUAGAACAAGACGCAAUUCUUGCAUCUAUCCGUAUUCCCGUAACCCGCGAGAAGGGAGAAUAUUUCAGAGCCUACAAGCAGGCAAAACGCAAGGAUGAUGAUAUUGCUAUUGUUACAGGAGCGUUACAUGCCAGGCUAGACCAGAAAGGUGUCGUUGAACAUUGCAAUCUGGUUUAUGGCGGCAUGGCGCCCUCUACUGUCGCAGCAAAGAAAGCUAAUGAGUACCUCAGGGGCAAAUUAUUUGCCCAUCCCGAUACGCUGGAAGGUGUUAUGAAUGCGCUCGAGUCCGAUUUUGAUCUCGUGUUCAGUGUUCCUGGAGGCAUGGCUUCGUAUCGGAAGUCACUAGCACUUGGUUUCUUUUACCGGUUCUAUCACGAUGUGUUGUCAGGUAUUAGCAUAGAAAGCGAACACGGUGAUAGCCAAGCCGUUGAGGAGCUUGAAAGAGCUUUAUCAUCUGGCUGGAAGGACCACGAGGCAACUUCCGAUUACAUUAAGGGGCCCUUAGGGAAAGCCGAUAGCCACGUGGCGGCUCUGAAACAGAGUACAGGGGAAGCGCAGUAUACAGACGAUAUCCCGCCGCUCAAGAACGAACUACACGCAUCUAUAGUGUUGUCUACGAGGGCGCACGCAAAGAUCAAAUCAAUUGAUUAUUCCGCGGCGUUAGAUAUCCCAGGUGUAAUAGAUAUCGUCGAUAAGGAUGACUUGCACAAUCCUGAACACAACAAAUGGGGUGCGCCUAAUUUUGACGACCUGUUCUUUGUCGAAGAUGAGGUUUUCACUGCCGGCCAGCCAAUUGCCGUUGUUUUGGCUACCUCUCAGGCAAGAGCAGCACAGGGAGUCAGGGCCGUGAAGAUCGAGUAUGAAGAUCUCCCUUCCAUUUUCACUAUUGAAGAGGCAAUCGAAAAGGAAAGUUUUCAUAAAUACUUUCGGUAUAUCAAGAAGGGAGACCCGGAAGAGGCUUUUGAACAUUGUGACUAUACCUUCACAGGUGUCGCGCGAAUGGGAGGUCAAGAACACUUCUACCUCGAAACAAAUGCGUGCCUAGCUAUACCCAAACCUGAAGAUGGUGAGAUGGAAAUUUGGACCAGCAGUCAAAAUCCCACUGAAAGCCAAGCGUACGCAUCUAAGAUUCUUGGUGUACAGUCAAAUAAAGUGGUAGCUCGCGUCAAGCGUCUUGGUGGCGGCUUCGGCGGGAAGGAAACCAGAUGUGUCCAUCUCAGCACUAUUUGCGCGCUAGCUGCACAAAAGACUAAACGGCCUGUCAGAUGUAUGCUCAACCGAGAUGAAGAUAUGGCAUUAUCUGGUCAGCGGCACCCUUUCCUCGCCAAGUGGAAAGUGGGUGUGAAUAAAGACGGCAAACUCCAAGCUCUUGACAUGGACGUCUUCGCUAAUGCUGGCUGGUCAUUCGACUUGAGUCCCGCCGUGUGCGAACGCUCCUUAAGCCAUAGCGAUGGCUGCUACAAGGUCCCAAAUGUUCACGUUCGCGGGCGGCUGUGCAAGACCAACACUAUGUCUAAUACGGCCUUCCGUGGCUUUGGGGGGCCUCAAGGCUUAUUCUUUGCCGAGUGCUACAUGUCUGAAGUUGCUGACCGCCUCGGUAUACCAGUUGAGAGGUUCCGGGAAAUCAAUUUCUACAAAGCUAACGAGGAGACUCACUUCAAUCAGCCCCUUCAAGACUGGCACGUACCUCUGAUGUAUAAGCAGGUUCAGGAUGAAUCGGACUACGCCGCCCGCCGCAAAGCCGUUGAGGUAUUCAAUACGGAACACAAGUGGCGUAAACGGGGUUUGGCGCUGAUUCCCACAAAAUUUGGUAUAUCCUUUACCGCUCUUUGGCUAAACCAGGCCGGGGCCUUGGUGCAUAUCUAUCACGAUGGAUCGGUUCUAGUCGCGCACGGCGGUACAGAGAUGGGUCAGGGGUUGCAUACUAAGAUCAUCACAAUUGCAGCGCAAGCGCUUCAGGUACCGAAAGAGGACGUGCACAUUUCGGAGACAUCCACUAUGACGGUGGCAAAUACGUCCCCUACCGCCGCCUCGGCGUCGUCCGAUCUAAAUGGCUACGCCGUCUGGAAUGCCUGCGAACAGAUCAACGAACGGCUUGCGCCGUACAGGAAGAAGUUGGGACCUCAAGCUACCAUGAAGGAGCUUGCCCACGCAGCCUAUUUUGACCGUGUGAACCUAAGCGCCAAUGGAUAUUACAAGACACCGGAAAUUGGGUACACGUGGGGUGAGAAUACCGGAAAGAUGUUCUUCUACUUUACUCAAGGCGUUACGGCGGCCGAGGUUGAGGUUGACUGUCUGACUGGUACUUGGACGUGCUUGCGCGCCGAUAUCAAGAUGGAUGUAGGACGGUCGAUCAACCCCUCAAUCGAUUACGGUCAGAUCGAGGGUGCGUUCACCCAAGGUCUUGGUUUGUUCACCAUGGAGGAGAGUCUAUGGCUUCGUAAUGGUCCGAUGGCGGGUAACUUAUUUACGAAGGGUCCGGGUUCAUAUAAGAUCCCAGGAUUCCGCGACAUACCUCAGGUCUUCAACGUCAGUUUGCUCAAGGGCGUGACAUGGGAGAACCUGCGCACCAUCCAGCGUAGCAGAGGUGUUGGCGAACCACCCCUAUUCAUGGGCAGUGCGGUAUUCUUUGCGAUCCGUGACGCACUCAAGGCAGCGCGUGCGGACUACGGAGUGAAGGCUAAGUUGUUUGCACAAGGGGGCGAGGAUGAUGGAUUGUUAAGGCUCGAGAGCCCAGCUACUCCCGAGAGGAUCAGACUUUCGUGUGUUGAUCCUAUAAUGGAGCGGGCUAGAGUGAUGCCGAAGGAGGGUGAGAAGAGCUUCUUCGUUGCUAUUUAG